CAAAUUCCAGGUACACAGUGAGUCAAACACAGUUGAAAACAGAACAGAAAUGGAAAUAAUUUUAUAUUUCAGGGUGCUGGGACUCAGGGCAAGUUUUGCACUUAGGAUUAAUUUGUCUCAGAUGUCUGGAAUUGCAGUGGUGUUGCAGUCUUUAGUGCAGAAUCAAGGUUAUUUGAGAUUUCCCACUCUGUUAUUGCAGGUAGGUAAAAAGAGCCUMUUAGUUGCUGAAGCUGAAAUAAAAAUAUAAUCACAAGAAUAAGAUUUGAUAUGAUUAUGAUUCCUUGAGCAUGGGAUUAUGCACUAAUCUUACCUUGGGUAGGACUGGGGCAAACUGGAGAGGAAAAUGCUGCUGCAUAAUGUCACCUGAUACCAAAAUACUGGUCAGAGAAUGUUAUCCUGCAGCUGGAAGCUAAUGGGUGAACCCCACCUAAACACAAAAAAUGCAACUAUUUCCAUUUUCCCAACGAUUAUUUAUGAGUAAUGAGUUUCAGCACAGUGAUGUCAGAUUAUUUAGCUGAUGGUUGGCAAACAAAAUUUGAUGAAAAUGUAAAUGUAUCAUUGUUUAUUGUAUUCAGUAAAUAGAAGAACAGUUUUGGGGCAGAAGUUUUUAGAAGGGCAGGACAUGGUGAGUCAGCUCUAAUUGUUGAGAUCUCCAAGAUAUAAUGUGAUUUGUGGAGUAAAUGUAAAACAAUGAUCAUUGUUAAAGGUUUAAAGGCAGGGCCAUGUGCCUGGACUGUCCCUAACAGGCGUGUUUACAUCAACCCUGGCUUUUCCAGCCUGUUCCAGUAUUUGUCCUGCCUCACAAUUUAAGGAUCUUUCCCAGGACCUAACUCAGAUCUUCCCUGCAAUUUCCAGCAAACUCUGAGUUUUCUUUUUAGCWUGGGAACACAGCUGAUCCAUUCUUCUGCAGUGGCCCUGCAUCAAUCAGGUGAUUGUUGUUCCAUCUUUCUUCUUUUUUUGAACCAAACAAACUCAAUUUUUUCAGGCUUUGUUUUUUUGAAAAUACUCUUUUGGGGUAAUAUUUUACAAAAAAUUUAAAGCAAUUACUGUGCAUAAGCUGGGACACCAGCUGAGAAUGAAGCCAUUCCUCCUGGUGUGGCAGCAGGAAUGUGGUGUAAACCCUAUUCAGGAAAGAAAUGUCGCUGUUUUUAGUGUUGGGGCCAUGCCUUGGGUUCAUUAACCAGCUGRGAUAUCCUGUUGUGUGCCUGGAGCUGUUCAGAAGGGCUUUGGCUGUGCAGAGCCUGCUCCAGUGAUGCAGCAAGGUCUGUGUUGCUCCCUGGSCCUGCAGCUGCAGGAGUUGUGGCUGGGUGAGGAAGGACUGUGGAUGUUCUCCUGGCAGCUCCAGCUGAKGAAGAGGAGCUGAAAUGUGAGUGUUCCAAAGGUCACAGCUGACCAAAGUCCACCUGGGUGAGCCUGUCUGGCAUUUCGAGUGUGCACUUGUGCCUGCUCAGCAGCGAGCUGGGUGUGGGUUCUUGCCUCUUGGGCUGUGGUGUUUAAAUCCCCUGGCAGGUCUUUAUUCAAUGGCUCUAUCUAUCCAUCUUCAUUUCUUACCCUCUAAACCCGAUUUGGAGAUAAACGUGACACAGAGGAGAGCAGUGUACACCCCUUCUGUGCCAGAGUUUGUUCUCUCACAGCCUGCUCCUCUCUCAGGAGGCAUUGAUGAGCUUUGGGCCAUUUCCUUGCCUGUCCCCAGGCCCAGAGCAAAUCCCCUGGGAGGGGCUUGGAGCUGCACUCCCUCUCUGCCCGUGACAAUGGCUCACCAUUCCGGGAGGCUCUGCAGGGCACAGCCACAGAGCUCAGCUCUGCCAUGUCCUGGGGCUGCCCUCACUCCGGCACCAACAGGGAAGGAGAAAACCCCAAACAUCCAGGCAGUCAGCUCCUUUGCUCCAGCCUCUGCUCCACAUCUGUGACUGCAGCCUUCUCCAUCCAGCUGAGAGGGAAUUAUGUGUGCAAGAGGAGUCAGGGCUCACACUGCUAGCACUGCUGUGCCUGCCGCACACCCAGCCCCUGCUCGAGGAUGCUGCACCUCAAAGUCCAGUUCCUGGAUGACUCCCAGAAGAUCUUUGUAGUUGAUCAAAAAUCCUGUGGGAAAGGGCUCUUCAGCCUCACCUGCAGCCACCUGAACCUUGCAGAGAAGGAAUACUUUGGGCUGGAGUUCCGCAGCCAGGCUGGGAACCAGGUCUGGUUGGAACCACUAAAACCCAUCACAAAGCAAGUCAAAAAUCCUAAGGAGGUUCUUUUCAAAUUUAUGGUGAAAUUUUUCCCAGUGGACCCCGGCCACCUGAGAGAAGAACUGACCAGGUACCUCUUCACCCUCCAGAUCAAGAAGGACCUGGCCCAGGGGCGGCUGCCCUGCAGUGACAAGAGCGCGGCGCUGCUCGUCUCCCACCUGCUGCAGUCCGAGCUGGGCGACUUCCACGAGGACACGGACCAGCAGCACCUGGCCACGCACAGGUACCUGCCCAACCAGGAGUACCUGGACAACAAGAUCAUGCACUACCACCGCCGGCACAGGGGGAAGACGCCGGCCGAGUCGGACGCGCAGCUGCUGGAYGUGGCCAGGAAGCUGGAGAUGUACGGGAUCCGCCCGCACCCGGCCAGCGACGGCGAGGGGACCCAGAUCAACCUGGCCGUGGCACACAUGGGCGUGCUGGUCCUGCGGGGCAAUACAAAGAUCAACACCUUCAACUGGUCCAAAAUUCGCAAAYUGAGUUUCAAGAGGAAGCAUUUUCUCAUCAAGCUCCAUGCAAACAUCUCUGAGCUGUGCAAGGACACGCUGGAGUUCACGAUGGCGAGCCGGGACACCUGCAAGGCCUUCUGGAAGACGUGUGUGGAGUACCACGCCUUCUUCAGGCUCUCUGAAGAGCCCAAGUCCAAGCCCAAAGCCCUUCUGUGCAGCAAAGGCUCCAGCUUCCGCUACAGCGGGAGGACUCAGCGRCAGCUGCUGGAGCACGGGAGGAAGGCGAAGAUGAAGAGUCUGCCCUUCGAGAGGAAGCACUAUGCAUCCCGCUACGAUGAGAGGCAGUGCCGCUCGUCCCCGGACCUGCUGACAGAUGUGUCCAAGCAGGUGGAGGAGCUGCGCCUGGCCUACGGCAGCCGGGGCUCCUACCACGCCAACGGGGUGCACGGCUCCGAGCCCACCCUGGACAGCCAGUGCCGCAGCUCCACGCUGGAGGUGACCUUCGCCGCUGAGCUGGAGCGCUCCAAGCCCGAGGCAUCCCCCACCUUCCUGCCCCACUCCAAAAGCUCGUCUGCCUUCCCCCUGCUCUACGCUGAGCUGGAGAUGGAGCGGGCGUGGGAGCCCCUUGACCUCUUUGGAGCCAGGAACCCGCUGACGUCCUUUCGGCCCCACCACCAGUUCRCUGGGAACAGCAAAAGCCCCUCUGUGGGCAACAUGCGGGAGGUGAGCGCCCGGCCACUGGUGUACAUGGACGUGCCCUGUCCCCUGCCCGUGGUGGCCCCGGUGCUCUUCUACCAGGACAAGGCCCCGCAGUCCCUGUGCCCUGCCCCGGCCCCUGGCGAGGACACGGCAGGAGUGGCCGGCACAGAUGGUUCCAUGGCAGCCAAACACCCAGGGCAGAGCCCCAGUGGGACCCAGGCUGGGCAAUUCCAGCGGGAGGCUGCAGUGGCCACGAGCAUGGUGGGGGAGAACAGGUCAGUGGCUCGCUCCUUCCAUUUCGGCCUCCAGGAGCAGCCUCCCAAGCGGUCUUGGAGCCAGUCGGACAUGAAAACCAUCCGCUUCCCCUACGGCUCCGAGUUCAGGCCGCUGGGGCCGUGCCCUGCUCUGAGCAGCAGGAAAGGGGGCGUUUUUUGGCACGUCCCAGCCCAGCAAGGGCUGGCUCUGGGGCCACGGCGCUCCAGCGAGCGCUACCUGGGCAGCAGCACCGAGUCCAGYGACUCAGAUUCGGACCUGCUGGCUGCUGACCACUGCUCCCUGUACGGCCGCGUGCUGCGCUCGCCCAUGGCCCGCGUGCGGCUCUCCUCCGGCAGCCUCCAGCUGGAUGAGGAGGAUGAGGAGGUGUCCUUUGCCACCAGCGCUGCUGAACAGAGGAGCUCCAGAGAGGCCUCCAAGUAUUUCACCUAGGUGCCUGACGCUGGCCUGAGGGAGCCCAGCUGGCCGGUGCUGACCCGGGGUCAAAGAAUGGUGACACUGUUGGUUUGCAGGUCUGCUUACAGCUUAUGAAACAUUGAUGGGACUUGUGUGAGCACUCUUAGCUACAGAGGAUGUGUUAAUGGACAUCAGGGCUGCGUUCAGAGGUAUUCAACCCCUGCACCAUGCUUAGAACCUGGUGUGUCUCUGCCAGACUUUGAGGGGAGUAUUCUUCCUUCAGCCACAGAGGCCAGGGAUUUCCUAAAGCCCUGCUUAGACCUUCUGUCCUGCCCAGGCUGAUGCUUAGAGCUCUUCAUUCAGGGGGAGGGAGAAGAGACUUUUCACAGAAUASUUUCAGCUGCUGCUUUUCCCAGCUGCAGGGAAGCACACUGGAGAGAAGGGUGUUUCAGGCCCUUUUGCUUCCCCAAAUCAGUCCUCAGUUAAGCAGCAUGGGGGAGAAAAGAUAUCAGAAACAGGUAGGAAAGGAACAGGCAGCUUCUGGGAAGUAUUUUUAUUACGAAAACUUACUAUUACCCUAAACCUAUGUGAAAUCCAGGCAGAAAUCUUGAGAAUGAURAUACCUCUGUACGAUUUUAGGGGAGGCUCUUGAUAAUUUUCUUUAAGAACAACUCUGUAAGUCUUUGUAGGACAUGUAGCCCAGAAAAUCGACCGUGGAGAAACCACUGCAGCCUGCCAGGAGGAUUUCAGAAACAAGGAAGCUGAGACAAAAAAAAAAAAAAAGGUUAGAAUUUAAAAAUAACUGGGCUUAUGGGUCCUGCUCACUCUGCGUGUUGCUGUACUUGGUUUUAGAAAGUGGACAAUAAAAAAGUUGUUCACAUUGGA